UCUGCGUUGUUAUGUUAAUUUAUUUCUUCCCUUCGUUAUACAUGUUCUUGUUGGAUUUUUCUAUGUUUUUUUUAAAAAAUAUUUGUUUUGGAUUUUUCUUGUUAGAAAAAGCAAGCUUUUAAAGCUUCUUGUUCAUGUUUGAAGAACCAAAAAAAAUCUGGUUUUUAUGUUCAGGUUUCAAACAAAUGAGUCUGUCUCUCUCUCUUCACAUCUCUUGGAUUCAGAGACUUAUUAGAUGAUGAUGAACAGAGAUAUGAUAUUUCAUCAUCAGCAACAACAACAACAAGUGGAAGAGAACAUGUCGAAUCUAACAUCAGCUUCAGGAGAUCAAGCAAGUGUGUCUUCUGGAAACAGAACUGAAACUAGUGGCUCUUACAUUAAUCAGCAACAACAACAAGAACAGUGUUUUGUUCCACAAUCAUCCCUUAAGCGGAAGAGAAAUCAACCAGGAAAUCCAGACCCGGAAGCAGAAGUGAUUGCUCUAUCACCAAAAACAUUAAUGGCGACAAACAGAUUCAUAUGUGAGGUCUGUAACAAAGGUUUCCAAAGAGACCAAAACUUGCAGCUUCACAAGAGGGGACACAAUCUACCAUGGAAGCUUAAACAAAGAUCAAACAAAGAUGUGGUUCGGAAGAAAGUCUACGUCUGUCCGGAGCCAGGCUGUGUCCAUAGCCAUCCGUCAAGAGCUCUCGGUGACUUAACCGGAAUCAAGAAGCAUUUCUUCAGAAAACAUGGCGAGAAAAAAUGGAAAUGUGAGAAGUGUUCCAAGAAAUAUGCUGUGCAGUCAGACUGGAAGGCUCAUGCUAAGACUUGUGGUACUAAAGAAUACAAAUGCGACUGUGGUACUCUCUUUUCUAGGAGGGAUAGUUUCAUAACUCAUAGAGCAUUUUGCGAUGCAUUAGCAAAAGAGAGUGCAAGAGCUAUACCAAACCCUAUUCUCAUCCAGUCUUCAGUUUCUCCUUCUCACCAUGACCAUCAUCAUCAUCAUCAUCAUCCUCAUCAGACAGUACAACAGAACAUCAAUUUCUCUUCGUCAUCCCAAAACAUCAUCAGCAACAAUAAUCUCCACCAUGGUCCUAUGAAGCAAGAAGAAUCACAGCAUCAUCACUUCCAAAACAUCCCUCCCUGGCUUGUGUCAUCAAACCCUAACCCUAAUGGCAACAAUGGUAAUUUGUUCCCUCCUCUUGCUUCUUCUGCACCCACCGGAACCGGAAGGUCCAACUUUCACCGCUCGUCGCCGGCUAUGUCAGCCACAGCUUUGCUCCAGAAAGCAGCUCAAAUGGGUUCCACGAAGUCGAAAACUCCAGAGGAAGAAGAGAGGUCGUCAAGCUAUAAUAACCUGAUCACGACUACAAUGGCUGCGAUGAUGACUUCACCACCUGAACCUGGAUACGGAUUUCAAGAGUAUUACAUGAUGAAUCAUCAACAUCACGGCGGAGGAGAAGCUUUCAACGGUUCUUUUGUCGCCGACAAGAACGAGGUCGUGGACGACGGUGGAGGAGAGACGAGGGAUUUCUUGGGGCUAAGGUCGUUAAUGUCGCAUAACGAGAUUCUAAGCUUCGCUAAUAAUCUUGGAAACUGUCUCAACGGUUCUGCUUCGGAGGAACAACAUAGCCACCAAGAUUAACAUAUGAUAGAAAAGUAUAUGUAUAGAGACUCUUCUAUAAAAUUAGUUUAAAUUAAACAUAUGUUGAAAGGAGAAUUAUCACGUACGGUGCAAGCAAGUUUAUACCAAGAAAAAAGGAAAAUGAAUUA